CUCUCUAUCUCUCUCUCUCACUCUCUCUACCCCUCGUUCUUUCCCGCUCUCUUUGUGUGUGUCUUCGCAAACCACGCUCGUUGAAUGAGCUGCGAAAACAUCUACCUCCUGAUACAGACUGCUCUCGGCUCUCUCUCUCUCUCUAUUGAUCAGUCACUCGACGUCGGAGAACUAAACAGACUUUCAGGCAGCUAAAAACCUACAUUUUUACCUAAUUAAAAAAAAAACAAACAAAAAAAUUACAAAAGAAAACAACAACUAAAAGACAAAAAAAAACAAAAGCAAGCAUACAAAAAAACAAAAACAAAAACAGGAGCAAUUCCAUAUCUGUGAAAACCAACUGAAGAAACUAAAGACGAAAACAACAACGACAAACGUACAACAACAACAACAACAACAAAAAUGGUUGGAAAGAGACUUUGACAAAAGAUCAACAACAACCACAACAAUUGUACAAAGAUAGCUUUGUAUUAUUUUUGUUGUGUGUGCAUGUGUGUGUGUGUGUAGUUAUUAUUUAAACGUCCACCUGUGUCCAUCUGGUGUUUAAUCUACAAAGCCAAAUACAGUCAAAUACAAAAUGACGAAAGAAAAGUUUAAAAUUCCGACCUCCGAGCCGGACGUCACAGACAGCAAUGAAGACACUUCAGUGAAUUUGAAACCCAAAAUGAGUCUCCUCAACGGAGUAACAGUCAUUGUAGGGAGUAUCAUUGGAUCAGGCAUUUUUGUCAGUCCCAAAGGAGUACUAAUGGAGGCUGGCAGUGUUGGAUCUUCUUUGAUUAUCUGGUCAGCGUGUGGCAUCUUUUCCAUGAUUGGAGCUUACUGCUACGCUGAGCUUGGGACUCUCAUAGUGCGGUCAGGCGCCGAUUACGCCUACAUUUUUGAAGCAUUUGGUGAAUUUCCAGCAUUCCUCCGUCUCUGGGUGGAGUGUAUGAUUGUUCGGCCUUGUUCUCAGGCCAUUGUUGCUUUGACGUUUUCAUAUUAUAUAAUCGAACCUUUGUUUCCUGACUGCGAGCAACCUGGUGUGGCAGUUCGUCUCCUUGCAAUCAUUUCUAUAUUGGUCCUGACGUUUGUCAAUUGUAAGGAUGUGAAGUGGGCCACUCGUGUACAAGACAUCUUCACUUAUGCCAAAGUCUUGGCGUUACUGCUCAUUAUCAUCACUGGCUUCGUACAGCUAGCUCGAGGAAAUUUUGAGUAUCUUCAGACUUCAUUUGAAGACAGUGAAACAGAUGUCACGAAAAUCGCUCUUGCAUUUUAUUCUGGUCUUUUUGCUUACAAUGGAUGGAAUUACCUGAACUUUGUAAUUGAAGAACUCAAAGAGCCCUCCAAGAAUCUUCCAAAAGCCAUCUGGAUUUCCAUCAUAAGCGUCACCGUCAUUUAUGUGUUCACUAACGUCGCCUACUUCACCACAGUCAGUCCAAUGGAGAUAAAGUCUGGAGCCGCUGUGGCUGUGAUGUUCUCCAAACGGCUGUAUGGCAUAAUGUGGUGGAUCAUGCCAAUAUUUGUGUCUCUUUCAACUUUUGGUGGCGUCAAUGGAAUUUUAUUCACAUCUUCAAGAUUAUUCUUUGUUGGUGGUCGAGAAAACCAUAUGCCGAAAGUUAUGAGUUUCGUUUCUAUCAACAACCUCACACCUAUGCCCGCUGUUUUAUUUAUGGGUCUCUUGUCCCUGUUUUAUCUGGUAUCAUCUGAUAUGUAUGCUCUCAUCAACUACGUGUCGUUCGUGAACUGGGGUGCCAUCGGUCUGUCAGUCUUCUCUGUACUCUACUUCCGUUACACUCGUCCUGAGUUACCCAGACCAAUCAAGGUCGCUCUGAUCUGGCCCAUCAUCUAUACUAUUGGUUCCAUCCUUCUCAUCAUUUUACCAAUAUAUGCCAAACCAGUUGAAACGGGAAUUGGUAUCCUCAUCAUUGCAAGUGGUAUUCCUGUGUACGUGGUUUUUGUUGCUUGGAAGAGUAAACCGAAGUUCCUGACAAAUGCCAUAGAUAAAGGAACUUGUUUCCUGCAGAAAUUGCUGCUCGUUGUACCGGAAGAGAAGAAACUCCUGUAAUAAAGAUACACAUUUAAAACUAUUA